AUGAUCCAAAUGAUUAAAAAAAAAAAUUAUUCUGAUGAGAUGAACCAUUUGAUUGCGAAAGAACGAGGACCAACUCAAUACAAUGAUCAAAUACACUACACUAUGACACACCAACAACUCACAUACUAUGAGAUACUAAACAUCUCAUCAACAGCAACGCAAGACCAAAUUAAAACAGCCUACAAAGCAAAACUACUAUCAACUCACCCUGAUAAAGCAUCUACCCAUACCACCAAUGGUACAUCACCAACGACAUCACCUCCUCCUAGCGCCCAACCCGAUAUCAACCAGAUAAUAACUGCAUACAGCACACUUGUUUCACCACAACUACGAUCCCAAUACGACUCAGAUUUACAAACGCAAUCGAAAAUUAGGGGAUUCAAUUUGACUGGUGAUGGAUUGGAUUCAUUUACUUUGGAUGAUUUUCAAUGUGUUGAAGUAGAGGCAAAGAGUGAUGAAAACACUGAGGCCACUGAGAUGCAGUUUGUCAAGAUAUGCCCUCGAUGUCAAUGUGAACUGGGAAUGAUUUUAACAGAAAAUGAUUUGAUUACAAAGGGAACCAACUGUGACGGAGAGGAAGGUAGAUUUGAUAUCAUUGUGCAAUGUAAUAGUUGCAGCUUAUGGAUCCAUGUUAAAUAUUACGAAGAGAUAGAGUAA